GGGCCCAUCAGGACCCCGCCCACCGACCCCCUGUCAGAUGCAACCUAGUGAAGCUACGAUGCCAGAGCAACCUCAUCCUAGUAACUGUGUUCCAUGAUUAGAUCCCUGUAGCCUAUUACGCCUGCUGCGGGCGGAGUGGGAUCAGAGCCAUAUACAGCAGCUGGUGCAGGGGCUAAUCAAUGGGUUAGCUUGGUAGGCUCGUUGUGGUGCGCGUGAUCUGAUCAUCGAAUUGCAAAAAGAGGGGCAGUUGCUUCGUCUCAGCGUCAUCCACAGCAAGUCACCACCAACAAGUUGCUAGUGCAGAAGACGUACUGCCAGCUGCGGCAAGCGGUAUCAAGCUCUGCUACUGUUUCGAAGUGAAGGGGUGAAGAGAGCCAUGGCUAGUUUGGGCAGUCCGUUAUUCCAGAGCAUGCUUGAGCCGUUUCAGGAGAGCCUAGGAACGAGCCCGUCGCCAGAUGUGCUGGGAGGUGAAUACGCUCAGAUGUCGGACGAAAGACCUGUAGGUCAGCGUAAACUGUCGAGACGGAGCCCAAAGAACACCGGUGGGGGCAGGUCAUUAUGGCACAGACCGUCCUUCAAGAAGGCAACCGAGGGAGCCACUGCCACGCGAAACCAUUCUUCCGCCCUCAACGCCGACAGCACGCACUCCCUCGUCAACAUGGACUCUAACGGCGUCAACGACGCUGCUAGACCCUCCCAAGACGACGCCGACGACCAAUUAUCUAUCCUUUUUUCCCAUUCUAUCAUCCCAGACCCUCUCGGCGAACUUCCAGCCUGGUCCAAGAAAGAGAACGACAUGGCUGCCGCGAACGUCUCGACAUUCAGAAUAAAGUUCCCGUUGCACAAUCCACAAGCCUCCCUCCACGAUCGUUCGGAAGAUUCGACGCGCCCUCCUGGCCCGAGCCGGAGUCCCUCUGGCACUCCUUUGCCAACCCCAAGCUCGUCUCAGGUGCGCAUACCGGAAACCGGUGGCAAACCACGUAGUCGAAAGACCUCCCAAGACAACGUCGACUUGAUGGAUCUCAGCGACCCGUGGGGCACCCACUGGCAUCACGAGUCCCCGUAUGAUGCAGGUACUAAUAGUAGCCCCGUAUCCGUAGAUCACCCAGAGACUACCCCGCGCAGUCGAUCUCGCCUCUCCAGCCUGAAUGCUGGACAACCCCGCCACAAGACCGUAAACCCCUCGCCGCUUUCACAGUCAACGUCGGCCGUUCACUUGCAGGCGCCAGAGCCUCAAGUAACACGCAAGUUAAGCAAACGACGCAAACCUGGCUUAGUUGGCCUAUUUGGUCCCCACGAUAAGGGAACCACCCAAGACGAGCCGACCUCUGCCAUGUCUCCCAGCGCAUCAUCAGCCGCGAAUCGUUCGUCUCUCGUACCGAGUAGCCUGCAAUUCAGUACGGGUGCAAGACGUCAUUCUUCCCUCUCGCCUGUGUCUAUGCCACUUAAUGUGUCCUCAGUGGCUCUAUCAACUCACACAGCCAACAAGAACGAGAAACGCGGAAGUGUCCUUGGCCGCCUGGUGAGGAGGUUCAGUGUCUUGAGACGGGGUACUCAAGAUCCCGGUGCUACUAUCAGCGAAUCCAUCGAGAAUGAGAAGCGUGACAAUGCACCCCCAGCUGAGAAACGGCAUUUUGAUCCGUCCAAACGCGUUCCCCCUCCAAGGAUAGACUCGGAGUUGUCAUCUCUCUCUGGCGACGUGUUAUUCUCUCCUCUAGGCAAGUUGACGAUAACUAACCCGGAUCUUCCGAACUCUGGAGGUACGACUCCCAUAGGAUCACAAGUCGGUAAGCGACUUUCGGUGCCGCACAUUUCUGCUCCCGCCCCACUAGCGGCCGGGAGGUCAUCACCUGUUAAGGGCCUACUAAGUCCCCUCACCGUUCCUCCUCCAUCCCCCUCACCUCCGCAACUGGACCCUGCUAAUUCAUCGGCGCAUUUCGUUACGAGGAAGGAGUCCCCCUCUGCGAAGGAGUCGGUGUCUGACCCUACAUUAUCAACAAGCGCUCCCUUGGCUCGUCCCAUCUUACCGUACUUGACUUUGCAUCAAAUUGACGAUUCUCCCCUUUCUCGGGCUUCCGUGUUGGUCAAUCCCCCGACACCUUGCAAUCCUGAUGAGUCCCGCGCCAGACUACCGACACCUAAGGAACAGCCGAAACAAUCGAAGGGUCCACAUGCGGAGAAGGUAUCAUCACGUGAUCCCUCUCCAGCGAAGUCAACUACUGAGGCGGUCCCCUUAACGAAGUCAAACUCGACCACUAGUCGGCAGACAGAGACUUUUAGGUUGGUAAGAAGUCCAUCGGAAAAGAAGUCAAUAUCGGAGUCGAUAAUAGCGGAGGGUGAGCAAUGGCUACUAGUCAAUGCUGAGGAUGCUCUGCGCCGCAGGCGCACCAGAGACAAAGAGGAGAAGGGCACCAAGCCUGAGAGGACAGAGAAAGUUUCGUCGCGUUCCAGAGACCGGGAGACUAGAAGAAGUCAGGGCAAGCAAGACAAGGGCGAGACGAGUGAUAGUCGGCAACGGGCUACCAGUCACGCCAAGGUGAAGUCGCAGCCAGUCAAUCAAGGUGACAACAGUCACAUGUCCGUGCGCCCUUCGCGGGCCCUUAGCCUCGAUGGGGUGCAGCGACCAGUCCUAAUCCAGCCUAUGGUCUUCACUCUUCAAGACCAGCCCCCCCGAGCUCGGAAAAGUGACGAUAGGCGGCGCGACUCUGGUCACUCUAAGUCUACUCGCGCCGGUCCAAGCUCUAUCGUAGCCGUUGCACGAAUGGAGCGUGUACCAUCUGGCUCUUCCCGACCAACGUCGGAACUAACGCCCUCUGCCGACAUCAACUCUCUCAAAGCUCGUGAGGCUUGGGACAUGGAUCGUUUGUGGAAAGGAAGGAGCAUGUAUCACGGGCACCCAGAGACAACUUUCAUUCCCACUCACUCUAUUUCGACGUCGAAGAAAGAGCCCAAACCAGCGAAGGUCGAGCCUUCUCAGCAGGACGUUGUACCUUCGCACGGUGUAACUCACGGCUCCAGUCGCACAUCAUACGUCGUUCAACCACUGCAAGCUCAUCCAGUCCCUGCCAGUGUCUUCUACGCCAACAUGCCCUCCGCACCUCCACCGAUUAUCUACGCUUCUACCUCGCCGUAUGGACAGGUUCCUCACCGCUCCCGCGAUUACAAAACAUUUCGGUCUCUACCUGAUUUCUCCUUCCAGUCUCAGGACACAUCUGAUCCUCCUAGUCUUCCAUCCAACCCACUCCCCCCACCUCCACGAGAGUCGAGUUACCAGCCAGCACCUUUUCCAGCCUUACCAGGCCAAAGCAGUGGAUCUGCUUCAGAAUAUUGGACCAAAUGCACUAGCGUACCCCUGCAUUGAUUUUAUAUAUAAAUACCCGGUUUUCUUUACCUAUGCAUUGGUGUGAAACAAUGGUGUGUAGCAGACCGCAUAUUGACCUUAGUAGAACUUUUGUCAUGCACAUUCCCUUCAUGUUCUUCAUCUUGGGGCCUUGCGCUUCCGCACUGGUGUCUUCUACAUCCAUAAACCUGUGGACUUUGGACCGUUCUUGUACACGCUUCGAUAAUAUGAGCAAAGGCAAUUUGGCCUUUUAUUCCUUGCAUUCCGUAAAUGUUGAAGCUCUCACUAGUUGGGUCUGAACGGCGUCUUGACGAGAAGAUACACCACGUG